AUGCCAGAAAAUAAUAAUAACAACCCCAUUACAAUUCAAUCAUCAACUAAUGAUACUUCAAGAUCUAAUGCAUCCAUGCAAAAUAAUAAUAUAACAACUAAUGAUUCUCGUAAUGAUCAAUAUUCGGGAAAUAAUUCUCCAAAUAGUAAUAAAUGCGAAGACAAAUCUGAUAAUGAUUCCAUUGAAAAAACUCCAUCAGAAUCUACAUUUAUUAGAAGAAAGGAAAAAAUUAUUGAAUUAAUUACUGUUGAUGGUAAAAAAGUCAGUAAAACUUCUAAAGGGAAAAGAAAAUUUCAUAAUAAAUCAAAAAAUGGUUGUGCAAAUUGUAAAAGAAGAAGAGUCAAAUGUGAUGAAGGGAAACCUACUUGUCAAAAAUGUUUAAAUAUGAAAUUACAAUGUGUUUAUUUACCAGUUACAGCAAGAAAUAAACCCAAAAUUUCUCAAGUAGAGACACUACCCAAUCCAUCAAUUAUGACAUCAAAUUCUACGAUAAAUUCCAAUGAGAAAAUCAAAUCAGAAUCAGAUAUCAAAGUGAAGGAUAAUAGUUCUCAAAACACAAUCUUUCCAAAUAAAACUUCCUCUACUCCACAAUUGAGCAAUACCUUACCAUUAAAGCAGGAAAAUGCAUCAUCAAAUUUAUAUUCAUAUUUACCAAGAAAUAAUUCCAAUAAUUAUAAUUCUAAUGGGAACGUUUUAACAAAUCAUACCUCCAAAUCUCCUACUUUACUCCCCCAACCUAUUAUUUCAAAUUCAAGCAAUGGGAGUAAUAAAAGUAAUAAUAAUUCUAAUGGUAUUACUACCACUACAAAUGUCACAAGCACCGCAACUGCCAAUACUCAUCAGUUAAAUUAUAAUCAAGAUAAUUUAUUACCUUCCAAGAUUAAUUUAACAACUAGUAUUGGUAGUUAUUUUAAUAAUAAUUCAAAUUUAACAACACAAAAUAAUUCUUCCAAUAACCCUAAAACUAUAUCGACUACAAUACCGACAACAAGAUUAAAUAGCAAUAGAUCUUCUAGUAAUACAUCAAGAAUUACCAAGAAUAGUAAUGUUGGUUCUCAUGAACAUAUUAUUAACCAUUUAAUGAAAAAACAACAAGAACAACAAUCAUUUAUGAAUACAAAUAAUUUCGGAAAUAAUAAUGGUAAUACUAAUACUAGUAAUAAUCUAAAUGCAUUAUUAUCCUCUUUUACAAAGGCAAAUAUUAAUCAAUCCACAAUUGAAAAAUUAAUAAAUUUGGCAUCUACUUUUGGUUCAAAUCCUCAAAUGGCUCAAUUUAUUGCUAAUAAUGUCAACAAUAUAAAUCCAAAUGCAAGUAAUGGAAUUUCUCCAAUUGCAGGUAUGGGCGGUAUAGAUUAUGAUUUUAAUGAAUUAUUGGGUAUAAAUAAUGAUAAAAAUUCCAAUGCAAACUCAAAUGAAAGUUCUAAUACAAAUUCAAAUGUAAAUUCAAAUGCAAAUUCAAAUUCAAAUCCCGAUGCAAAUCCAAAUGCCAAUUCAAAUGCCAAUUCGAAUCAAACUUUUAUAAAUCAAUCACUAUCACAACAAUAUCAAAAUUCUACUGUACCAUUAUCAGCUCAAUCACAAUACCAAGCAAAUCAACAAAUACCACUUCAACAACAACAACGACAACAACAACAAUUAAAUACCAACACUAAUACUACUACAACUACAAAUACCAAAAAUAAUUCAUCAAAUCAGAUUUUGAAACUAAUUCAAUUAUCCAAACAAGGUAAUUUAAAUUUAAUUGAUUUGAAAUUAUUUCAUCAUUAUUGUACUAAAGUUUGGCCUACGAUUAUUGAAGCUGGCAUAUCAGGCGCUGAAGUUUGGUCUAAAGAUAUACCUGAAUUAGCUUUUGAUUAUCCAUUUUUAAUGCAUUCUCUUUUGGCUUUAAGUGCCACGCAUUUAUCAAGAAGUCAAACCGGGUUAGAAGCAUAUGUUUCAACUCAUCGUAUUGAUGCAUUAAGAUUAUUAAGAGAAGCUGUAUUAGAAAUAUCUGAGGAUAAUACCGAUGCAUUAGUAGCAAGUGCUAUAAUAUUAAUUAUGGAUUCUUUAGCCAAUGCAUCUAAUCCUACCUCCACAGGUACACCAUCUGCAUGGAUCUUCCACGUUAAAGGAGCUGCCACAAUUCUAACCGCUGUUUGGCCAUUAAGCGAAAAAUCUAGAUUUUAUAAUUUAAUCUCUAUGGAUCUAAGUGAUUUAGGUGAUAUCUUUAAAGAACAUAAAGAUGAUAAUAUAAUAUCAGAAUUGAUUUGUUUUGAUGAUAGCAUCUCUGAUUUAUACCCUGUGGAUAUAAAUUCACCAUAUUUAAUCACAUUAGCAUAUUUGGAUAAAUUAUACCACGAAAAAAAUCAUGCUGAUUUUAUUUUAAGAAUAUUUGCAUUCCCUGCUUUGUUAGAUAAAACAUUUUUAGCAUUAUUAAUGACUGGCGAUUUAGGCGCAAUGAGAAUCAUGAGAAGUUAUUAUAAAUUAUUAAGAGGUUAUACUACUGAAGUGAGGGAUAAAGUUUGGUUUUUAGAAGGUGUAUCUCAUGUUUUACCACAAGAUGUUGAUGAAUAUAGAGGCGGUGGUGGUAUGCAUAUGAUGUUGGAUUUCCUGGGAGGUGGAUUACCAUCAAUGACCACUACCAAUUUACAAGAAUUUAUGUAA